AUGAUUAUCUUUUGGGAUCCUGUAUUCCUGUUGAAUACUGGCCUUGAUACUGUCUUCUCUGUCUUUUCUGUCUCUCUCUGUUGUUUUGUGUUCCUCGUCAUCGAUCCAUCGUCUUUGCCUGUCUGCCUUCGCCGUGCCCAGCAUAAGAGCGAAGGCGGCGUUGCAACUGCCUCCCCUGACCCCAACCGGAGGGUAGAUCCCACUCUUAACCCAAUCACAAGGAGGCCGGGACCUGGACGUGGUCGCCCUAAGAAGCAGCAAAACACGGCCCAGGGGCAGUCCCCCGCCAGCACGGCUUCGGUUUCCGAGACGGGAACCACCGGCCCCAGUGUUACCCCGAUCCCUCCCCCGGUUGUUCCUGGUGCUCCCGGUCAGAGCACCACCGCGAUCCCCGUCCCCGUUGUUCCUGGCAUGCCCGUUCCGCCCGGUGGUAUGCAUCCUGCUGCCAUGGCCCAGGUUCAUGCCCAGGCCCAGGCCCAGGCCCAAGCCCAAGCCCAAGCCUACGCACAGCAGCAGCAUGCUCAGGCUCAACUUCAAGCUCACGCGCAAGCUCAGGCUCAUAACCAAGCCCAGGCUCAGCAGGCCCGCGUCCAGCAAAAUGGACGAGGCGGGAACCAGGCUGGCGGUCAAGGGCCGGCUAACCAGGGUGUCCAGGCUCAAUCUGGCGGACAGUCGGCUGAUGGAGAUGAUGUUGCCGUGGACCCUAGCCUCGAGGAUGGCGACAACGACGAGCAGCAGCACCCCAACAAGCGACGCAAGAUGGAACAGGACCCUCUGGACGACGCGGCGGUGCUGAAUGCCUUGGCCGCCCACAACGACCCAGCAUCAACCGCCGCACACUUUGCGCCAGAGCUUAAGGUCCCAGCAACCGUGAUUGCGGGCAGGUAUGCGGGCCUGAGAUAUUCGUUUCGGUAUAAGUCACCCGUUUUGUUAUCUCUCGUUUCCUAUUCGUUGCCUGUGAUGAAAUGUGAUAACAGUGUUCUCAUAGCGAGUCGGGUUUCCUUCCCCUCUUUCGGAUCAACCUCAACUAUCUGGUCUUCCUCUAGCCAUCAGCCCAUUGCUGCUCACGUUGAACUCAACAAGCCAGUCAACAGAACCGUGUUACGCGCUUCUCGCCCAACAACACUCGUCACAAUGUCUAAUGCCGACGAGAUCCCCAAGGAGAGCAAGUGGGGCAACGAUGCACACUCAGCUCUCUGCGUAGCUCUCGCCGAGGCCCUGAUUGCUGCUGGAAGCAGUCCCGCGCAGAAGAAAGACCUCAUUAUGGCCGUCAUGAAGGCGUGUGGCCUCGAUGGCUUUACGUGGGAAUCAAUCCGCUGUACCGCCCGCAAACGCGUCUUCCCCUUCCUGUCGUGUCCUUUUCUCUCACCUUCACCACACCCACGAAACUUCUGCGCUAUCUACGCUACAACUACAAACGGUUCAACUUUUUGUCCCACCACCCAGCCCUUCCUUCCGAGAAUUCAUCGCAAAAUGCCGCGUUGGGAUGAGCAGACCCAUAUCGAUCUGAUGAUCACCCUCUACAACGCCUUGCAGCCCAGCAUGACCAAGGAAACACAGGACUUUGUCGUCGAGGCCAUGCGAUCCAAAGGCCAUGACAUUGGAUGGGACGCGCUCCGCUGUAUCCGAGUUCUCUCCCCUUUCCCUCAAACACACAAAGACCCAGCAUCGUCCUCGCCCUUCUCUCACCCUUCCACAAAAACCUACUUCACAUCAACGGAAAGUCCUCGCAUUGCAAUCAAAAUGCCCAAGUGGGAGGAAAUCCGCGAUGAUCUCUUCCGCGCGUACAUGAACGCUACUGGCGUGAUCACCCCGGAGAUGCAGGUCUCGAUCGAGAAGUCCAUGCAACCGUAUGAUCCACCCACAGCUGGUCUUGAUCCAGCACUGUUUGUUUGUGCUAUAAGUUCUCUCCCCUUCUGGUCCCGCUCCUCUCUCCCUCCUUCUCCCCAGCAACCUACACGGUCCAUUGUUGCCGGCUCACCAAUUCCAUCAUCCCAACUCAACACAACCAACAUAUCCAACUCAGUCACCAUGUCUUCGCAGCGGUCUGCGCAGCGAAACUUGACCAGAUGGGAUCAAAAGACUCACGAGGACAUCAUGUUGGCGAUGUUUGAGCAUUUCCGUCCCACGGCAGCUGACAUGAAGGAGAUCGUUGAGCUCCUUCAUGUCCAGAAGGGCCACACCUUCACAGAUGGCGCUCUAUUCCUCAAGAUGGAGGAAGAGGACCACGAAGCACAGUUCUACGUGGCCAAGGCUUCCAAGCCCACCAACUGGGAUCACGAUGCCCAUCUGACGCUGCUCCAGGCCGUCAUGAUUGAGGCGCUUCCUUCGAAGCCCCAGUGGGACAGGAUUCUGCAGCGCUGCUGUAAGAAUUCAAGCCCGUUCUUGCCGCUUUUUCUGCCGCAUUCCACUCGGGUGGGCGGUCACCUUAUCCUCCCCUUGGCCCCUCUUUUCAUUACUACCUAUACAUUUUUUCUGCCGGUUUGGGCCACAUCUCUCCUCCCUCCCUCGCGCAACUCACUUUCCAACUUACUUCCCACCACCUCCUACAACAAGCACCACCACGUCUGCUCUCCAGCCUCAUCCAUCAUGGUGGACUCGGAAACCGAUAAGGUCGCCGAGACCAGAAUGUCGUGGAACCACAAUGCCGACAAGCACCUCAUCGGCUGCGUCGUUGAUGAGAUUGUUCCCGGCGAGGAGACCUACAGAAAUCUUGCAGCGCGCAUGAAUACGUUGGGUUAUGGCUGCACACCCAAGGCCGUGAAGCAGCACCUCCAGAAACUCCGCCGGAAGGAAGGCGUUUCCGCUGCGGUCGCCUCUGACAGCGGCGCUAACACGUCCACCCCGACCAAGGGCCGCAAGCGCGCUGCUCCCGGCAGCGGCGUCAAGAAGACUCCCGGCACCGGUCGCGGCAAGAAGGCUGCUGCUGCCAAGACUGCUCCCUUGGUGAUCAACUCGGACGACGAGGACGACAUCAAGGAGUCUCCGGAGAAGAAGCUCAAGACGGAGGAGAGCAAGGUGAAGGAGGAGUAUGAUGAUGGUGUUGAUGACUACAUGUACCCUAAUGAGAUUUAA